CCUGCCGAUUCGGAAGGAACUUGCUUAUGUGUGUGCGCGCGUAAGCGAAGGGUGUAGAACUGAAGCACAGCGGCAAUAAAAUCCAUAACAAAACAAACAAGCGAUUCACAAGUUGUUUGUUAAAUGGGGUUUAAUAAUUUUGUUGUAUGUUAAACUCAUUUUGUAAUUUGAACGCUGCCGACGAGUAAACAACGUGUGUUCUGUCGCUCGGUUAUUUUAUACCAGUAGUGAGUAUCCUGUGGACGUGGACGAUGAAGGCGUUGCAAGGUGGUCGGACGGUAGAACGAAACGGUGUUAUCGGACGUAUCGUAGAGCACUGAGAAGCGAGCAGAUUGGGAUUUAGUUUAGCAGAAACGUUUGAACACAAGUGUCGAGACACAAAGGGAUGGCGAUUACAAAAGAUUGUGUGCAGUGGUAGUGUUUGCAAUUAUUUGAAUUGGCUCGUUGCGGUUGAAGAUAUUCAAGUGCAUUAAAUAGUCAAUGAAGUUACAAGUGAUUUUUAGUGAUACUUUCGAGCAUUGUUUCGAUUUUAUAUUGACAUAGAAGCUUUAGUGGAGUUAGAGUUUUGUGCAUUAGUUGCAGUUACAAGAAUGUCUUCCCCCGAUUUGGAUAUCGAUGUCAAUGUGGUGUCAAGUCCGGAGCCGAGUCCUCGCGGAGCCGUAGGUUUAGACAGCCCUCGCGGCUUACACAGUGAUGAUGAGCAAAUAUCCUCACCGGAUAGCUCUCAUCCGCACCUCAGUCACCUGCACCAUCCGGCUCUUUCUGGUCACCUGCAGCAUAGUGCAACUAGUCAACACAACUAUCACAGUAUAGCCAGUGGCUUAAGUAAUAAUAACAAUAGCUUCUCGCACAGUCCGGAAUCUCGGUUGAGUCCACCGAAAACUCCACCGUCGACAGAUUCUCACUCGCAGCCGGGUGUGGGUGGACAGCCAACACUUGGGAAAACCGCAGCAACACCUGGAUACACUAGUUUUUCAAUAUCGAGCAUUCUCAGUCGGAAUGAGCCCAGUUCGAAGAAAGGUGUGAUAGCGCCCAUUCCGUCGCUUCCAUUAUCUGCCGCGGCAGCUGCUGCAGCGGCGGUGGCGUCGUCGAACGGGAAUGGCAAUGUCAAUGGUGCCGCUAGCCCGCAGGAUGUUACAAUGCUAUCCAGGUUAGGAAUCAUGUCCCACUGGAGCGCGAUAGCCAAUCGGUAUGCGGCGGUUUUUCCCCCGGGGUGGCCUUGGCCCCCAGCCUCGCAUCGGAUGCCAUUUCACAGCCCGACCAACGAUAAUGUAGGCGGCAUAUUGGAAAACCAAUCGCCAUCGCUCACGCCGCCUCCGUCGCAUCAAUCCAAGACACCUCCGCCGCAUCCUGCAUUUAUGGGAAGUGGCCUGGGUGGAGGAAGUGCGGGUCGUUCAGGCGGCGGUGGAGGAAGUGUCAUCAAUACGCACGGUGCCAUCGGAGGUGCUCAUAAUGGGCUCGGCUCUGGUGGAAGUAGCCUGGGAGGAGGCAGUGGCAGCACCGGCGGCGAUGAUUGCGAAUCGGAUGACGACGGCCAGGAAAUUAUCGAGGAGGACGAGGACGGUAGCGAUAGGCCGUCGGAUUCGGCGUCGCCCAAUUCGAACGGUGCAAUGCAAUCGAAGCGGAAAAAGAAGACUCGAACCGUGUUUUCGAGGGCACAAGUUUUCCAGCUGGAGUCGACGUUUGAUAUGAAAAGGUACCUCAGCUCGUCGGAGCGCGCCGGUCUGGCAGCAUCCCUUCGGCUAACGGAGACGCAGGUGAAAAUCUGGUUCCAGAACCGUAGAAACAAAUGGAAACGGCAACUGGCAGCAGAACUGGAGGCAGCCAAUAUGGCGAACAUGGCGCAUGCGGCCCAAAGACUGGUCCGCGUGCCCGUUCUGUACCAUGAGGGGGCUGCCGGUGGGUUUGUCCCACCCCCACCACAUCCCCACUCCCAACAGCUGUACUACACGGCGGCGGCGGCGCGUGGCGGAAGCCCUCCACGACCACCACUCUCAUCCUUGGUGUAAUAUUGUGUUUCGAACAUUGGUACUACUGUAACAACUGUCGGCGGCAGCAAUUGUGCUAGUGGUAGUGGCACUUGUACCGGAUGCUGCAAAAACUAGUACCAAUCUAGGGAUCGGAGUAACAGGGAAUCCCCCUGAUAGGAACCAACAACUUCAGAGUUGAAUCGCUUUGUGAAGCAAUUUUAACGUAAUAUAUAUAUAGAGAAUGCCAAAUAAAGCAGAGAAAUAUGGUUUUAACCCUAGGUAGGAGCGAAGGCAAAAUCGAUCUCCAGAGAUUAUACAGUAGGAACGUGUAAAUAGUGCAGUGUGCGGGCGCAAAAAACCCAAAGCGAGCGACGAACGGUGGAACCAUUUGGCAAUGAAAAUGUUUUAAAGUUAAUAUCCCAUAUGAAGAAUGACUGCAAUAAAUCACGCUCACACAUAAAAGGAAUCAUGGGGAUUGCAAAAAAAAAAGUGAAUGGAUGAAAAUAAAUUUCGAAUGUGCACCGAGAGAA